AGAAAAAGAAAUCUAGGCUGCACAUAUGUUCCAUUCACACACAAGCUAAGAGAAAGGUGGCAUUAUUAUGACUGAAUUGAAACGUCGAAGGGGGGGGGGAUGGUAGGAGCGUCAGCGAGCUGGAUACAAUCCCGCAAAGAGGAAGGUAGGUAAUACGAGGCGGUGUGUCGUGCGCGCGCGGCGCGGGGGGCGGAGCUACUUCGCUUUGAACUCGGCGAGUCGAACAGGAGGAGGCGGUGCCGCGUCAGGGCGUCGGGUCCUCGGCGCUGAGACCUGCGAGUGGCUGCUCCGCCUGGCUUGCUUUGCAGGGAUCCCGACGGUCGUUUCGGGAAGGAGUUCUCUCGUGGUUUGGGUGUGAAGACCAGUUCCGGCUUGGGAACUGGAUGGGAAGCAGCCUCAGCGCGGGUGGCUGCAGGGGCGGUGGGCAUGGGGGAGCGUCUUAGCACGGCGAGCUCCCCGCCGGAGCCAGACGGAGCCGCCCCCGAGCCGCGUCUCUCCGGCACGGAGACUCAAACUCCGCUCCCCACAGUCAGUGGAAGGACACCAAGGCCACAGCAAGAGGACGAUGCUGGACCGCCGCCUGCUGAACCGCAAGGCCAGGAGGCCGGCGACGGUGGCGGGGCUCCCUUGGAGGAGGGUCCACGUUCGAAAGCACCAAGUAGCAACAGCUGCCGGCUUCCUUUGAGGCCCAUCUCCCGUGCGGAGAGCGAGCUGUCCCACGACGGCCCGCCUGCUCCUCCAACUCCAGGAGAGGGCCGACAAGAAGACCCCCCGCCCGCUGUCUCGCCGCCGCCCUCCCAGCCAAGUGUAGUGGGAGCUGGAGGAAAAGGGACCCCUUCCGGAAACGUCGAGGUUGACCUGUAUCUUCUGCCCGAAUCUUUCUCCGGGCUGAUCUCCGGCCCCCUCCUGGUGCUCCCUUGUCGCGUCUGUCUGGAGGAGAAGCCCCUGAAGCCGCUGCCGUGUUGCAAGAAGCCGGUCUGCGAAGCGUGCCUCAAGCGCUAUCUCAGCUCGCAAGUACAGGUGGGCCAAGCAGAUAUCCCUUGCCCGAUUACAGAGUGCAAUGAACAUCUGGAUGAAACCACCAUUCUCUUCAAUUUGCCACAUGAUGACAUCAUCAAAUAUAAAUACUUCCUAGAACUUGGCCGUAUUGGCUCAAGCACCAAGCCAUGCCCUCAAUGCAAGCACUUUACAACCUUCAAGAAGAGAGGUCAUAUUCCGACCCCUACCAAAACGGAGAACAAGUACAAAAUCCAGUGCCCAACCUGCCAAUUUGUGUGGUGUUUUAAGUGCCAUUCUCCGUGGCACGAAGGUGUCAACUGCAAGGAGUUCAAAAAGGGAGACAAACUGCUACGUCACUGGGCCAGUGAAAUCGAACAUGGGCAAAGAAAUGCUCAAAAGUGUCCAAAGUGCAAGAUUCAUAUUCAGAGAACAGAAGGCUGUGACCAUAUGACUUGCUCACAAUGCAACACUAACUUCUGUUACCGCUGUGGGGAGAGAUAUCGCCAGCUUCGUUUCUUUGGAGAUCAUACAUCAAACCUCAGUAUAUUUGGAUGCAAAUACCGCUACCUCCCUGAAAAUCCACAUUUAAGGAGAUUAGUGAGAGGCUCUGUCUGUGGUGGGAAGUUACUUAUUGCACCAGUAAUAUUGGUUUUGGGACUGGUAAUAGGAGCUGUAGUUGUUCUAAUAGGUAAGAAAAAAAGGUUUAUUUGUAUUCCCCAUCUAUUGCCUUUGUAAAAAGAAGAAGAAAAGACCACAAACAGAAAUGCCUUGGUACGAGUGAAGAGUUGUACAGCUGAAUGGAGCUGAUCCUGCAAAAUAACAGCAACAGAAUGCUGGUUAACUAUCUUGAUAUCAUAGCCCUAGCAGAGAUUAGGGGUCAUCUGCCAUAUUCUUAUUGCACAGUACACUACUAAAGACAAGCCAGAAUUCUGCUCAGAUCUGGGGCCUCAGACAGUUGUUUUUUUUUUUAAACUCUCAAUCCAACUGCCUAAGGUUUAGUUCAGCUCUUCUUUCUUGAACAGCUUAUAUCUGCACUGUAAAUGCCUAUCUACUGAUGAGUUCAUGAACUGAUUAUAUAAUCCAGCAACAUUUCCCCCAGUUAUUAACAAUAAUUCUGGAACUUUUACAGAAGCAAUCUGAGUGAAGGUGACUUCUCUUCAGAAAUUAGUUUCUUUCUGGCAGUUGAUUAAAAGUAUUCUGUUAAAUGACUAUUAUGAUCAUCAACAGUAUGAUUGAUUCCACCUGGUGCUGAAUGCGGUAAUUGUCUUAGAUGUGAAAUUUUGCCUAAUAAUGAAACCAUAUUAUUAGCUGUUGACAGAUAUCCAGAAUCGGAAUGAGAAAUUAUUAGAACGGCAUCAAUAUCUCAUACUUUAGUACUGUUUAAAAAGUUGGAAGAAUUAACUUGGAUCUUUGGGAGAUAAUGUCAUCCAUUUAUAGUGUUGGAUUGUGUAAGCAAGUCACUCUCUCUGACUUAAUUAGAGAAAGACAAAAACCUGAUCUUUAUGGUUGUUUUGUAGUGUCUGAUGCAAUGCAAACUUUGUCAUACAUAUUCACACCGCAAGACAGUAGCAUGAUCAUACCUAGUAUGCCACAGAAAACAAGAUGUGAUAAAGAGCUAGGAAAUGAAACAAUCAUUCUUAAGAUAGUUCUUCACAGUGUUCAGCAAAGUCCAUUGCAGAAAGUAAUACUUUGCUCUGAAGAAAUCUAUAUUACAUUUCCACCAAACUGUAUCAGUUUGUCUAAAACUGUGUUUCCAGUUCUUACCUAGGAAUAUCUAGGAAUGCCUGUAGUUCCAGAAAAGAUUUUUAAUAUAAGGCCAAUUAAAACCCAGUGCCAGUUUGUCUGGUUCUUCAUAAUGGUGAGGAAAAAUGCAGACCUUACUGAUUUGUCUGCCAUAUCAUGAUUCAUCCCAGGAUCAUGACUACUGGGUGAAAUCUCUAUGUUUUUGUAUCGACUCAGAAUACUCAAGCUUCUCUACAGUUCUCUGUACAGUUCACCAAGUGUCAUAAAGUAGGUUAUUGUAUACCUAAGUUGGCCCAUAUACACAUACUGAAUUAAGUAAUUGAGUUAAAAGAGUACCAGUAAAAUUCUAAGUUUCUUAAAAUCUGUUACAACAAAACUGAAUGAUAUAUUUGAGUUCAAGAGCAGUUAUCUGAAUAACAUUUUUUUCUUCUUUUGCUUUUAAAAUAAUAACCAUUUAUUGAAUUUAAAAUUUAAAAUGAUAAUAGGCUAACAUAUUUAGGAAUAAAAAUGAUCAAUGAUAUUUUUUUAAGUUUUUCUGUUAUGCCCAGAGUAGCAUAGAAGGGAAUGUUGGGGAAAUGGAGAACAUGGUAUGCAGUUAGUCUUUUAAGAACUGAAUUUUAAAAGUGUCCUUUAAGUCACUGAAGUAGUUCUACUGUGAGAAGAAGGAUCAUUCACUCAUUGAAGACCUGCAGCUCAAGUGCAAUCUCUCUCUCUCUUACGUUGUUUUGGCUUGGGUGACAGAGGCCAAAUCACCUUUUCCAUUUCCAUGAGUCAAUGUUGAGACUUCCAUUUGUAUUCUAUGGACAGCAUGAUUCAAUCUAAGGUACCAAUACUUCUUUUCACUAUUGGAAAUCCUUAAAAAAGUAAGACAGUAUUACUGAAAAUGGUUAUUUUGCAAAUCCUUUCUUCUUGAAAUCAGUCUAUAAUAAUGCAAAUAAGCUCCAUGCAUUGUACAGGAAGGGAACCUGUACACAUUUUAGCAAAACUUUUUAAGUGGAGUAGUAUAAAAUCAACUGUAGUAUAUAAUCUGAAUUCAUUGUAGAGUUGACUUCACUGAAGUAAAUUAAUGUCUCUAAUUUGUUAAAUAUAUUCACUUUAAAUUCUGUUUUGCAUGAAUCAUUUUCUAUUAAUCCCAAAUAAUACCAAAAUUUACUGCCUUUUCACCAUUAAAAUUGAACUGAUUUUGGGAAGUCCCUAAUGAGACAUUGCAUUUUAACAUAAUUUUUAUUUAUUGAAAAAUAAGAUUAGAACUGUUGAAAUUAAUGGGCUUUAAAUUAGUUAGAACUACUUUAAUCAUUUUAUUUCAAUGGGUCCGCUGUUAACGCAAAUCUGCAUUCAACUAUAUAUGAUUAAUGUUUUUUAGCUUGUUUAGUAUGUUUUUCUUUUAUUGUGUUUAUCAAAGUUGGAUGUUGCCUUAAGAAACUUUUUUUAAGAUUGUAUACUUAAUCCCAAAUAAUUAUUUUCUCAGGCCAAAUGUAUCUAUUAUCUUUGAUUUACUCAGGGAUUUUAGUCUUUAUAAUGUCAGAUGCUUUUGUGAAAACGUUUUUUUAUUACUAACAUUCAGACAUCCAAGUUAUGGUUGGAUUUGAUAUUUGUAGUGCGGAAUACAUUAAAGCAAUGUCAUUUAAGAAUUAUCUUUUCCUACAAUGCUUCCAUAUUUUCCCCCUUCUUUUAUCCUUGUGAAACAUACUGCCUAUAUAGUAAUUCUUUGGCUUUUGUCUAGAAAUUAUGUGCAAAGACAAAUGUUUAUCAGCUGGCCGAUUUGGCUAGAAUAGAAUAUCAGGUCUUGAUAGAACAAUCAAUGAUUUUGCAUACAGAUUCUGCAUUUGAAAUAUCAGGGUGGACCCUUAUGAAAUGCUGCAGUCUUUUUCAUUCAUGUUUGCACAUUUGGGACCACAUAAGAUAAUCUUAUUUAUGGAAGCUGAACCUUCUAUAAGUGGAUUACUUUCACUGGAUAAAUGCAUGUCUUUUUUUUAAUGGCAUCUUGGAAGUAAAUUGAAUGGUAUUGAAAAAGUUGAUAUGUUAAAAUAAACAAGACACAAAUAUGUAUGCAUAUUAUGCCUAUAAGAAAUUUAAAAUUGAACCUCUAUUCCCAUUCUAAUUCUUAACUUUUAACAAAAUAUACUGCUUGAAGAAAUAUUUCAGUCAAAUCCUGUAGUUAUUCUUAGUUUAGUGAAUUCACCCCAAAAUGAGAUACUAUCCCAUAAAAUAGCAUAUGCAUUAGAAGCUUUCUAUAAAGUGUUUAUUAAUCUUUACAAAUUGUACUUCAGUCAGCCUUAACUACAUAUCUGUGAACAUGUUCAAUUUAACAAUCAUUGAAUAAUUGUGGAUUGUUUCUGGGAUUUUUCUGAAUUGUUUUUUGACUAUUAUAAAUAUUGUGUUUCUCUUACACAAUUUCUGGCUUGUUCUUUGGUGCUUUUCUGAGAAAAGUUGUUCCAGUUUAAAUUACUGUUGUCCCCCAUGUCUUUAGCUUUUCCUUAUUUAUAGUAAGGAAAUCAUCUUCAUUAUUUUAUUUAUAUAUAAUGUAACUUUAUCAAAGCAAAAGACUUGAAAUAUUUAAAUUAUUUAAAAGUUUCUUUUUUAGGAUAUAACUCUUUUUUAGUUUGACAGUGAAAAAUAGAAAAGCUUGAAUGAUAUUGUGCCACUCAAGUAUUUAUCGACUAUUCUAAGCUCCUGAUUGCUAUAUAAUUAACAUGUCAACUCCAGGAAGAUUAGAUUAUCCAGUGCUUUUUAAAAUAUAUAUUUGCCAAAUAGAAUUGUAUUUACAUUUAAAGUAAAAUACUAAAUUGCAUGAGGAUUUCAUCUUAAUGGAGAAAUUACUAACAUUCUGGAUCCAUUUGAUAUUUAGCUUGUGUUUGGUUUCAGCAAAUGGGCUAUCUCUGAUUGUAACCAACUACUGUGCUAUUUUUGGACAUUUUCAGUAAAUGAACUUACCUUAUAAAAACCAUAAUCACAAUGCAGUGCAGUUCUUGGCUACAUAUAUAUUAUUUCUAGAGCACGUUCUUUAGAACUAUUCAUUUAGUGCAUUGUCUACAUUAAUGAAUAGAUUUUUUUUUUUAAAAAAAACAAGAUGUUGUAGUCAUAUACUGUAACAGCACUAUUCCCAUUUCUGGUACAUUCAGCAAAUUAUAAGAAAUAUUAUCUCACUUUAGGUGGUGUUACGGUUGAUAUCUGUAUUGAUGCUUGCCUGCUUUUUUUCUAAAGAUGAUGCCAUUCAAAGUUUUUGUUAAAAACAGAGGAAGCUGCCCUGUAAUUUUAUGGAUCCAACAUAUUGAAAAAAGCAGGUGAAUAAUUGAACACAUUUUGUUUUACUGAUGUUAAUCUAUGAAAAUGUCAGGCAACCUUUUAUUAAAAUAUACAGUUGUAUAUUUUAACAAAUAUCCAUUUAUGCUUCCCUCCAAUAGUGCUGAUUUAAAGCCUUUAAAGGGCUUCUGAGAUUGUGUUGUCUUUCUGAAUGCGUCUUAGUAUCAAAAUAUGCUAGAUAAGAAAACCCUCCAUUACAUGUAUAGUAAUUCUGUGGCAUCAGAUCUGAUAGUUCUGAUCAGCUCUGUCUCAUGGGAGGAAAUUACUUCAUUUCCCAUCAAGAGAUGUCAGCUAUGUAAGUUUUUGCUUUACUCAUUUGCUUCUCUGAAGUGUAUUAUUUUGUAUGGCAGUAGGACCUGAACACGGAAUGUUGCAAACUGUAGAGUACCAAUUAAUACGAGUAUAUAGCACAUUAAUUUACACUUGCUGUCAUAUACAAAAGUUUCAGAUACAAGGGAGUGAAUAUGUCUUUUAUUCCUGUGUGGCAUCCAUAAUCUUUUUUUUAAUGCAUUGCCAAUGUUAUGUGCUAUCUUCAUAGCUUCUCUGUGUAACAUUUCCAAAUAAGUUCCAUAUGAAAUCCUAACUAUGUGAGAAGGAAAGGUGGUUUGUUUGUUUUAAUUUAUUUAAACAACCUAUUAUGUGUUAAAAUUACACUUGGGCCUAUAUGUACUUUUGUGCUGUAAAAUAUUUUAUUUGAUUAUAAAAAUCAUAAAGAUUAUUUCUGAAAGGAAGUGGUGGACUAAUUGACACAAAGCAAAUCUGAAAUAGUAUACUUCCUGUGGUAAAAAAUAAAAUAAAAACAUCUGUGUUCUCCCCAUGUUUCAGAAUCAAUGUCUCUAUUUUUCUUUUUCUGUAAUCUUCUAUAAGAGUUUGUAUUAAAGACUUUAAUUUAGUGGCAGUUAAUUUUUCCUGCCCCUUCUGUAGUUCCUGAUCUCUCUCACAUCAGGAUUAGCUUUCAGGAAUACAAUGCUACAAUUUUUACUGAGAAGAGGGAGGAAAGUUGGAUACAUAUGCAAUUUUUACCUCUAACCCAUAUUUUCUGUAUAAAGUGGACGUGAGGAACAUUUUUAAUAAUACUGGGGGUUAUUAGAGACAUGCAGAAUUCCAUUAAAAUGAUUUAAAACCAUGAAGAAUGAAUACUAAGCAGAGGUUUUGCAACCCUGAGUGUAGUGAAAUUUCUUGACCUUUAAUGCAAUUUGGGGUAAAAUAAAGGUGAAAUUUGUUCAGUAAAACCCAUUGGGAUAAGAAAAUUUCACUUCAGAACCUCCCAUCAUCCACCCUUUUCCCCAGGUAUGAGAGAGAGAGAGAGAGAGAGAGAGAGACCAAGGAAGUCAGAUUUAAAACACUCAAAAGAGCCAAGAUUUUAGUUUCUCAAAUGAUAAAAUCAGCUAUGUUGCCUGGAAAUUUUAAAGGGUCCCAGUCAUAAGGAAAUUGCCCUUUCCUGAUAAAAAGUAUGAACAGAAGGCAAUAUAAUUAUAGUUAGACCAGAGGGAUAUUUUGUUUUUUCCAAUGGAUAUGUCCUCUUUGCAUAAGUGCCUUUGUUCGGUAGAAAAAUAACUGAACAAGAUAAAUAGAUAGAUAGAUAGAUAGAUAGAUAGAUAGAUAGAUAGAUAGAUAGAUAGAUAGAUAGAUAGACAGACAGACAGACAGACAGACAGACAGACAGACAGAUAGAUAAUCAUAUAUUACAUUUUUUUCUGCAUGGGUGUGCGUAUGUUGAAUUGAAAAGAUAUAAAUAGCCACUAGAUGAGGGAAGAUAGAUUUUAAAAAGUAGUUCGGUAUAUCCACAUUUUGCUUAAAAAAUAUUUUGCAUCCUAAGAGCAGAGAUUUAUUCCUUUCCAUCUCCUGAAUAUCUUGGUGCUGUAUAUAUGUCAUUGAAUAUUUGAAUAUUUACCUAGAAAUAUUCAGUAAGAUGUUUUAUGUGAUCCCAUAAAUUUUCCUUACCUUGAAUUUGAGACUUUCAAUAUAAAAUUGUUCAUCUGGCUGGUAUUUCUUCUGAAAACUCUCAAAAUAUUCCAUCUGUAUUUUCAUAAUACUAAAAAACAUGGACAAAACUAAAUUUGAUAAGCGUUACUCUUCCUAGUCCUUGUUAUAUCCUAUUAAUCCAAGUUAAACAACUCUUGCUUUUAGCAUAAAAUCACUUCUUUGCAUGGAAGUUUUAGAAGUAAGCAACUUAUCAAUAAUAUAGUGUGCAUUGCAUAAAAUUACUUCCAAUCCUCCAUUAAGCCAGAUAAUGGAGAAAAUGCUUCAUAAAAUGAGAAAUGAAAGAAAUUGUAGCAUUGCAGUAUGACACACUGGCCUCUUUCAGCAUCAUGAACCCACUAUAUCAAUUAUUCUUUUAUAGUAGUUAUACCAUGAAGAAAAGCUUGCCCUUCUGAAGCGUGAUAAUUACUCAUAAUCCAAAAUCUAGAGUUUGCAAAUCCACUAAGUACUAGAGGCAACAUACAAUAUUUGUAUUUAUUGAAAUCAAUCCUUGCCCAUGCCAUCCUAUUUUUAUUUAUAAGAAUUAACUUGAUGGCUCAGGCUGAAGCUCUAUUUAGUCCAAGAAUUGUUUUCAAUAAUAUUUAAUACUUUUGAAAUGCAAAACACAGGACACAAACACAAUAAUUAUUACUUGUCCCCAGCAUAUUAGCAAACUGCUUCUUUAAAGGGGGUCUCCAUUUAGAGAUUCAUGGCUGUUAUCAAUGGAUAAUAGCCAUUCAACUUUUAUGACAAUGAUUCAACUAUAGUAUUUUAGAUACAAAUUUAGCAUAUUAAGAAGCAAUAUAUUUUCUAGGCUCAACUGUGUUUCAGCUUUGUAAUGUACAGUAUUUCACUAACAAAUUUGAGGCAAUAUUUUCCCAGUAUACUUCUGAACAUUUACAUUGGUAUGCCAGUGGCUAUUAAUUCUUGUUCAUGUUAUUUGAAGCUGCAUCCAAAAUGUUUUAUAUUGUUCUAAGCAAGUGCCUUUUGGUUUAAAAAUGGCCUGUACAGUUUCUUUUCUAUAUUGCAUAUGAACUACGUGUAUUGAAAUAAACAUGCCCUAAUGAAUGUAGAACAUACCCUAAUUGAACAAUAUGUGGACUAUGCAUGCACAUAUAUAAUAUUCAAGACACAAAAGGAAAGUAUUCUGCUGCUAAUGUAUGUCCUGCUGGACAGGACUUCUAACACAAAGUGAAGGUUUUACGUUUUUUUUUAAUUGGUUACCAUACAAUUGUUCAGUUACAAUUGUGUCUUUCAUUUCCUGUUUUUGAAAUUGUAUGCUAUUUAUGCUGUAAGCAACUCCAAUAAUUGAGUGUUAUCAGUAACAGCUGAUUGAAGGUCAGAGUCAUAAAGAAUACUUGUUUUCAUUUUCCAUUGAUCUGUAAGGCCGUUUGUGCUUAAGAUGAGGAAAAACAGUCAUAAUAAAUACGUGCACUCCAUAUUAAUUUGAUCCAAAAACUGUAUAUUGGGCAAGCAAGAUAUGGAUAUUUUAUGUGCUGAAAUAUUAAUAGUGUUUUUUAAAAUUGCACACUAACUUUCAUAGCAAUGUUAGCCUAAUAAACCUUUUAAAAGAAACCACUGAUUUGUUGCCUGUUUCAUUGGGUUGAUUUAGUUUUCACCAUUUUUUAAUAAGAAAUUAUUACUAGUUAAGUUCAUCACAUAUUGUGGAGUACAAUCUCAAUUAUUAAUAUGCCUAAUAUGCAUAUGAAGUUAAAUUAAUAUUUCUACUUUAUAUAGUAUAAACAUACAAGCGUUCUAAAAAUGUAUUUUCCUUUCUCAAACUGCACAGAUUCAAAGAAAUACAGAAAUAUGUAUGCAUUUUUAUGUUUUACUGUUACAAUCUAAAAUAAAUAUAGAACCAUAUCUUUUA